AUGGAAAUGUCGGGAGUAUGGUUGUCCUGGUGGUCUGAACACUCUAAAGAUUAUAUAAAACCAGAUUUGAGAACUCCACAUUCGCACGGUCCAGAUUCAGAAAAAGUUGCUGUUGAAAAAGUUGUUGUUGAUAUGAAAAAAAGAUGUGAGCAUCAACUUCCAUACGCUGCUUUUCAAACAUCUAGUCAAGUUGUCACUGAUCCGCAACUAGCAGUCGCAAUACCCAGUUUUGAAAGCCUUAGGUCUACAUUAUAUCGACAUAAAGGAAAUAAAAAUGAACCACCGACGCCAACACCGUUGCGAAAUCUUUGUAUUCCAGAUAAAUAUGGAAAAUUGUGUACAGGAGAAAAUUUCUUAUAA